GUUGACAGUCCUUGGCCGGAUAAAAGUCCAAGCCCGUUCCGGUUACUUAGGCCCGACAGUCCAGAGAACGGAUGUUAUUUCAUCUAAAGGUGGGCGGUGACACGCCCAUUGUCCAAUCUUUUGACACCGGCUCCUAUAAAACCCUCUCGUACCACCGAGGAUGUAAAAUUUAAUGUCUCUGAUGCAUUUCUUUGUUGUUUUAUCGUACUUUUAGAAGUUUUCCACGAAAGUAUUAUAUAGGGAUUAGGCGGGGUUUUCAGCCGAUUUCACUCAUUCAUUCACAGUGUCGAAAGAAGUGCCGAAAAGAUUCGUUCUGACCAAAUGUGGUUGAUAUAGUUUAAAAGGUUUGUGAGACACAUACAUAAGUGCAUUAAACUUAUUAGGGGCUGUGCCAUGAAAACUUCUUACAAGUUUUCAAACCACUAAUGCCCACCCUUCUGCGGAUCGCUUUGUGUUUUAAUUUUCGGCUUAGUUAUUUAUAUAAUUUUGCUUAACCGCAUUUUGGCGGCGUGGUCAUGUGGCAUGGCAGACUGACGACGGAGAGACAUAGCGCCAUAGAACGCCAGUGUGUAUCCAUUUUACUAUUUUCAAUAAUUUCUCAAAAUUGUUAAAUUUCAGACAGUCGGAUCACAACCUAACUGAUUUUGAUUAAAUUUAUCGAUUUUAGCUCUUAUGACGAUGUCGACAAUUUCGCUACCACUGGUUAAUUCAAUGUUUCCAAUUGGAUUCUUUAAUCAGUAUUUGAUUUGAUUCCGAUCAGAGUUCACUCAAAUUUAUUCCAUUACAAUAAGGGGAACGGUUUGUUAGCUUAUGAUCCACAAGUUCUAAUUUUUUAUACCUAAAAAUAGUGGUUUUGUGAACUUAAAUAAAUUUUUUAUAAUUAAAAUUAGCAAAAAUAUAAUAAGAAAUGGCGAAAACUAGAGUAUACGUUGUUGGUGUUGGUAUGACGAAGUUUGAAAAACCGGGUCGGCGGGCUGAUGUCUGUUACCCUGAUAUGGCAAAGGAAGCAAUCACUAAAGCUCUACAGGAUGCGAAACUUGACUUUCCAGAGGUACAGCAAGCGGUCGCCGGCUAUGUUUAUGGAGAUUCUACCUGUGGCCAACGUGCAAUAUAUGGUGUCGGUAUGACAGGCAUUCCAGUGUAUAAUGUCAACAAUAACUGUUCCACUGGCUCCAGUGCGCUAUAUUUGGCUAAACAAAUUAUUGAGUCGGGUAACGCUGAUUGUGUACUGGCUGUGGGCUUCGAAAAGAUGGAGCGUGGAUCACUUUCCGCUAAAUACUUUGAUCGCGUCAACCCCAUGGAACGACACAUAACUGAAAUGUCGGAGCUUACGGAAAUUGGCAGUGGUCCAAUGGCAGCCCAAAUUUUCGCUAAUGCUGGAAAAGAGCAUAUGCGCAAGUAUGGAACAAAACCUGAGCACUUCGGUAAAAUCGCUUGGAAGAAUCACAAGCAUUCCGUGAAUAACCCUUAUUCUCAGUUCCGAGAUGAAUACACGCUGGAGCAGAUUAUGCGCUCACCAGAGGUGGUAGAGGGAGUACUUACAAAACUGCAAUGUUGUCCCACAUCAGACGGUUCGGGCGCUGCAAUUUUAGCAUCUGAACAAUUCGUACGCCGCCAUGGCUUAGAAUCACAAGCUGUGGAAAUAGUUGGCAUGGAAAUGGCUACUGACCCCGAAUCCACAUUUGCGGACAAAAGUCUCAUCAAAAUCGCCGGAUACGAUAUGACACGUAUAGCAGCUCAACGUCUUUUUGGUAAAACGAACUACAAACCACAGGAUGUAAAUGUAGUUGAAUUGCAUGAUUGCUUCUCAGCAAAUGAGCUGAUCACAUACGAAGCCUUAGGUUUGUGUGAGGAAGGCAAAGCUGGUGAAUUAAUUGAUCGCGGUGACAACACAUACGGUGGCAAAUACGUCAUUAAUCCCAGUGGAGGAUUGAUUUCAAAGGGGCAUCCUUUAGGCGCCACCGGAUUGGCACAGUGUGCAGAGCUAUGUUGGCAGUUGCGCGGUUUGGCUGACAAACGUCAGGUGCCUGGUUGCAAGCUGGCAUUGCAACACAAUUUAGGUCUUGGCGGCGCCGUAGUUAUAGCUUUGUAUCGCCUUGGUUUUCCAGCAGCAGCAUUGGCGAACGUUAGUAACAAUUUAACCGCAGCGAAUACUGCUGCCAAUGCGGAGGGAUUUCAAGUAACGCCAUUGCUUAAACUAUUAGAAAUUGCCAUGCAAGAAGAUAAGGACAAUCUUAUUGAAAAAGUGCGUGCUGUAUAUGGUUUUAAAGUAACAAACGGUCCCAACGGUCGGAUUGGCUUUUGGGUCAUUAAUGCUAAAGAGGGCAAAGGCAAAAUUAUUUUUAAUGGCACUGAUAAAUGUGACGUCACAUUCACCAUCAACGAUGCUGAUGUUACCGAACUGCUCACGGGCAAACUGCCGCCGCAGAAAGCUUUCUUCCAAGGCAAGAUUAAGAUUCAAGGCAAUAUGGGCAUGGCAAUGAAACUUUUGGACUUGCAAAAAUCCGCACAAUCUCGCAUCGAUGCAUUGAGAGCAAAAUUAUAAGAGAUAGGCGUAGGCAUGUUCGAAUUAGUUUCAAACGUCCAAGUUUUUUAUUUCACAAUUUGUUUUUGAAUUUUAUUGCGGAAAAGGGUACCGAGCAAUUCCAUACAUAUAAUCAUAUGAGUUGACGAUAAUUAUAUAUAUAGUCUGUUAGGGAGUGUUUAUAUGUAAAUGAUGCAAAGAUGUGUAAAACACGUCAUAUUUUCUUAAUUGUACAUUAUACUUAUUGUUUUUAUAAACUACGAUAAAGGUGAAAUAAAUGUUUUACGAAAUACCAAUCUA